CAAAAAUCUAACGUUUUCUUUAGCUGUGCUUACUGCAAAAAUUAUUCGUGAAUUUAACUGAAUUAUUUACUUUAUCAAAAAUUUUUUGGAUCCAAAAAAUAUUUGUUAAAUUGACAAAAGAAAUUAAAUUUCUCGGAAUAAGGACUAUUCUUUUAACGCAAAAAUUUUUGUAUGCUCCAACUAUGAAAAAAAAGUUGAUUAAACCAAGAGAAAAAUUUCUUGUUUCUAGACAACGGCAAUAGGAGUAGUUCGGUGCUCGCCACUAGACAGCGCCUACCAUUUGUAGUGUCCCUGGUAAGAUACUUAUUUCAGAAGUAUUAUAUUCUACCUUGAGAGCAAUUCUGACCCCAAUACUCUCCUGCUAUAUAACUGAAUAUCAAGUACUUCUUUGGAUGGUCAUCAUUUUUGAAAUCUUUUAGUGUGCUUGAAUAACUCGAUAUAAUAACUUAAUUAAUGAAAUUAUAUUGAAAGUAAAAAAUAUAUCAGACAACAAGAUCUAAUUUAUUAUUAUAAAUUUUGUCUAAUAAUAAUAAUAAAAUAUAUAAUUAUGAAUUGCGGUGUUUUUUAAACCAAUGUUUUAGUUUCGUCGCGACGUCGUUAACGUCCCAACCAGAUUGUCCUCUGCCGUUUCUAAAAAUUGAUUUAUAAUUAAAAUUAUUUAAAAACCAAUACUUGUAAUUUAAAACUUACCAAUUAACAAUUGCCACAGCCUGGGCCAGUGAGUGAUGCUCUUGUAAGGCUUGUAAUCGCGCCCCACAACCACGUCUUUGAUUUGCAGGUCAAAAACGACGCUCAUCAGGCCGUUGAUAGGAUGGUUUGGGGAACCAUUUCUCAAUAAAUCAGCCUAAAGAAUAAGAAAAGUAAUUGAAAAGUUCACUUUUAUUAAAAUACUGCAGUUAAUAAUUACGUACUAGAGCGUUGAGCUCAUCGGCAUAGGCCAGAGCAUGUUCUAGCCGAUCGAGCUGCUCAAUAGUAGAGACCGGAAUAUCGGAACGUACAUCCGCAAUUCGAGCAGCAGCCGCAACGGUGAAUUCUUGGACUCCGUCUGCGAUAUCAUCGACUCUUUCGAAAAAAAAUUUUGAUAAUAAGUAAAUACAUCAAAUAAUUGCGAGCGAGAGGACUCACUGAAAAAGGGCUCGAUACCUUCGAAUAAUACUGCAGACAUCAGGUCGCUCUUCCGUCCGUUUAACAUGCACUCGAUGGAAGACGUCAGUAUUUUGUUCGCCGACGUCGUCGGGUUCACGAGAAUAAGUUCGAACAAAACGGCAGAGAAACUCGUUGACAUUUUGAAUGAUUUGUUCGAGAGAUUUGACGACCUCUGUGUCCAGCAUGGCUGCGAAAAAAUAUCUACGCUUGGUGAUUGUUAUUAUUGUGUCAGCGGGUGUCCGGAGCCGAGGUCAGUCCACGCGAGAUGCUGCGUAGAAAUGGGACUGGCGAUGAUCGAAGCCAUCAAUCAGUUCGAUAUCGAGAGGAGAGAAGGUGUCAACAUGAGAGUUGGUGUCCACACUGGGACUGUGCUCUGUAGGAUCGUUGGGACUAAGAGAUUUAAAUUUGACGUCUGGUCUAAUGACGUUACUUUGGCUAAUAAAUUGGAGAGUACGGGAAAACCUGGAAGAGUUCAUAUCAGCGAGAAGACUUUCAGUUUCUUGGGCGAUGAAUAUCUGACUGAGGAAGGUGAUAACGUCAAGGGAAUUAAGACUUACUGC